UUUCUAUCUAGACAAUCACAUAAUCUACAAAUACAGAUGAUUUCUUCCUUUCCAAUCUGUUUUAUUUCCGUUUGUUGCCUCUUGUGCUGGCUCUUUGCUGAGUAAGAGUGGGCAGCAUUGCCUAUUCCUAAUCCUGGGGGGCAGCAUUCAGUCUUUCACCAUUAAGUGUAUGGUUAGCUGUAGAUGAUUUUUGCACAUGUCAUUUGCACUUUGUUGUAUGGGUGUGGGUGGGACCAUGGGGUUUUCUGUGGUGUUUGGCUGAUAUAGGGCAGUUACUAUCUAAAAGUUGUCUAUCUUGCUCGAGGCAGCAAGCUUUUGUUGGAGCCUUUUUCAUCUGUGCUUGUUGGCAUCUCCAGGUUUUUCCGUUCCAAGUGAGGCAAAAAGAAAAUGCAGGCCACUCACCAUGGUGUCCUUCCUCCAGGCCUGAGGCCCCUCACUGGUCUGCCUUCUUCACUCUGCCUUUCAGAGUCCUCUCUUGUUUGUUUUACAUAUCACGUGCAGGGGUUUUUGUUGUGCACAGCAGGUGGAAUAGGGAAAGGUGUGUCUACCGCAUCCUCCCGGAAGUGGAAGUGGUUGGGAGAAAUUAGAGGAUUGGGUUGAAGCCAGUGUGCGAAGGGCCUUCACGCCAGGGGUUUGACUCUGUAGGUGGCAGGAGGGAUGUUGGAGGUUCAACUCUGCAGCAGUGUGCAGGGAUGGGGAGGGGAGUGGCAGAGAGACCCGGAGGCUGGUGCCUGGGCCCAGGGAGGUGAGGAUGCAUUUCUGGACUGCGACAGCAGACGUGGGGCAGAAAGGAAGAAGGGAGAGUCCAUGCGGGCCACAAGGAAGUCCGAGGACCAGGUGGUGCUGGCUAGAGUGCAUGCUUUUGGACCCAAGCUUAACUUUUCAAAUGUGGAAUGCUAGGCCUUCAUUGGUUUCUGGAAGAAGUUGACUGCCUGAAAGGAAGCGACAAAACAUGAAAAUUGCUUUGAGGUGACCAACAAGUCCAGUGGCCCCUUGCCUCUCCCAAGGUGGAUCUGGGGUUUAAGAACCGUAACUUCAGAUGAGGAAACUCGGGCCCAGAGAGUGGGAGUGACAGCCCCAGUCACGUCACUUGGAGCUGGACCCCGACAGCGGGCAGUGCACGGCCACCUUCAACUGGGUUUGCAGUUGGAGUCCCUUGCAAGACUCCAAUGGCCGAACAGAGAAUGGACAUUUCUUCAACUAUCAGCGACUUCAUGUCCCCAGGUGCCACCGACCUCCUCUCCAGCCCCCUGGGCACCGGUGGCAUGGAUUGCAACCGGAAACGCAAGGGCAGCUCCACGGACUACCAAGAAAGCAUGGACACAGACAAAGACGACCCUCAUGGAAGGUUAGAAUACACAGAGCACCAAGGAAGGAUCAAAAAUGCAAGGGAAGCUCACAGCCAGAUUGAAAAGAGGCGUCGGGAUAAAAUGAACAGUUUUAUUGAUGAACUGGCUUCUUUGGUACCAACGUGCAACGCGAUGUCCAGGAAAUUAGAUAAACUUACUGUGCUAAGGAUGGCUGUUCAGCACAUGAAAACAUUACGAGGUGCCACCAAUCCAUACACAGAAGCAAACUACAAACCGACUUUUCUCUCAGAUGAUGAAUUGAAACACCUUAUUCUCAGGGCAGCAGAUGGAUUUUUGUUUGUCGUAGGAUGUGACCGAGGGAAGAUCCUCUUUGUGUCAGAGUCUGUCUUCAAGAUCCUCAACUACAGCCAGAAUGAUCUGAUUGGUCAGAGUUUAUUUGACUACCUGCAUCCUAAAGAUAUCGCCAAAGUCAAGGAGCAGCUCUCCUCCUCUGACACUGCACCCCGGGAGCGGCUCAUAGAUGCAAAAACUGGACUUCCAGUUAAAACAGAUAUAACCCCUGGGCCAUCUCGAUUAUGUUCUGGAGCACGGCGUUCUUUCUUCUGUAGGAUGAAGUGUAACAGGCCUUCCGUAAAGGUUGAAGACAAGGAUUUCCCCUCCACCUGCUCAAAGAAAAAAGCAGAUCGAAAAAGCUUCUGCACAAUCCACAGCACAGGCUAUUUGAAAAGUUGGCCGCCCACAAAAAUGGGGCUAGACGAAGACAACGAACCAGACAACGAGGGGUGUAAUCUCAGCUGCCUUGUCGCCAUCGGACGACUGCACUCUCACAUGGUUCCACAACCGGCGAACGGGGAAAUCAGGGUGAAAUCUAUGGAAUAUGUCUCUCGGCAUGCAAUAGAUGGGAAGUUUGUUUUUGUAGACCAGAGGGCAACAGCUAUUUUGGCAUAUUUACCACAAGAACUUCUAGGCACCUCAUGUUAUGAAUAUUUUCACCAAGAUGACAUAGGACAUCUCGCAGAAUGUCAUAGGCAAGUUUUACAGACAAGAGAAAAGAUUACAACUAAUUGCUAUAAGUUUAAAAUCAAAGAUGGUUCUUUCAUCACACUACGGAGUCGGUGGUUCAGUUUCAUGAACCCUUGGACCAAGGAAGUAGAAUACAUUGUCUCCACCAACACCGUUGUUUUAGCCAACGUCCUGGAAGGCGGGGACCCAAGCUUCCCUCAGCCCACAGCAUCCCCCCGCAGCAUGGACAGCACGCUGCCCUCUGGAGAAGAUUCCUCUGUUGUAGGUGGCCCAAAGAGGACCCACCCCACUGUUCCAGGGAUUCCAGGGGGAACCAGGGCUGGGGCAGGAAAAAUAGGUCGAAUGAUUGCUGAGGAAAUCAUGGAAAUCCACAGGAUAAGAGGGUCAUCGCCUUCCAGCUGUGGCUCCAGCCCACUGAACAUCACAAGUACACCUCCCCCUGAUGCCUCUUCUCCAGGAGGCAAGAAGAUUUUAAAUGGAGGGACUCCAGACAUUCCUUCCAGUGGCCUACUACCAGGGCAGGCUCAGGAGAACCCAGGUUAUCCAUAUUCUGAUAGCUCUUCUAUUCUUGGUGAGAACCCUCACAUAGGCAUAGAUAUGAUAGACAAUGAUCAAGGCUCAAGCAGUCCCAGUAAUGAUGAAGCAGCAAUGGCUGUCAUAAUGAGCCUCUUGGAAGCAGAUGCUGGGCUCGGUGGUCCUGUUGACUUUAGCGACUUGCCAUGGCCGCUGUAAACACUACAUGUUGCUUUGGCGACAGCUACAGUAUCAAAGUGCAUUACUGAUGGAGUUAUACAGUCUGUGAAGCUUACCGGAUAAGGAGAGAACAGCUUUUAUGUACUGUCUUCAUAAAAGCCAUCUCAGAGCCAUUGAUACAAGUCAAUCUUACUAUGUGUAACUUCAGACAAAGUGGAACUAAGCCUGCUCCAGUGUUUCCUCAUCAUUGAUGAUUAUUGGGCUAGCUGUGGAUAGCUUGCAUUAAUUGUAUAUUUUGGAUUCUGUUUGUGUUGAAUUUUUUAAUCAAUCAUUGUGCACAGAAGCAUCAUUGGUAGCUUUUAUAUGCAGAUGGUCAUUUCAGAUGUAUGGUGUUUUUACACUACAAAGAAGUUCCCCACGUGGAUAUUUCUUAUACUAAUUGUAUCAUAAAACCGUUUAUUCUUCCUUGUAAGAAUCCUUUACUAUAAAUAUGGGUUAAAGUAUAAUGUAUUAGUUAAAUA